UACCUAUAUUUUUAGUUUGUUUUUUAGUUGAAUAUUUUCCUGUUUUUAAACGUAGAGCAUACUUUUUUCACUGUAUAAAUUUUUUUAAAAAUCUUUUUUUAUUUAUUAGUAGAAUACAACAAUAUUAAUUAGGCAAUUACAAUGUCCAUAGAUACAAUUAUAUAAGAUUUAAUUUGUCAUAAAAGCUGUUAUUCCCAUGGCAUUUUCUUAAUAAAUCUUUAGUGAUGCUAUAAUGAUCAGAAUUAAAUCAGGCUUAGUCUUCCUGACUUUAUAAUGAACAUACAUGGAAAAAGAAUAUCUGCAGUGUUAUCUCUGGUAGUUGUCGGCCAUUUUGCAAUUUCUGCUAUGAAAGCAACUUUUCAGACGAAAAGAGAAGAAAAGAUUAAAGCUGCGUCGGAGAAUCAACACUAAAAUGAAGUAUAAGCAUGUGAAAUAUGGCUCGCUCAACAACGAAAACAAAGUUUUGUACGUCAACGAAGGUUCUGAAGAAGAAUUUCGCGUCGAUGGAUUUAAAAGAAGUACGAGUUACACUGUGUUGUUUUAUUUGCUUGGUUUUUUAAGCGUUGGAUUGGUUUUUCUUCUUGGAUAUUGGUAUCCUGUUCGAAGAAUGAAAUUCACUCAUUCUAAAUGUGCUCUUGAGGAGGCGACAACUUUGCUGAUUAAACAGAUACAUGGUGGACAGUUGUAUUUGAGCAAAAUGAAGACAGUAAAAUACAGUAAAGAACACAAAGAAUUAAAGGAUAAACAAUUUUCUAAUUUUGAAUUGGAACUUUUAUCAAGAUCGUGUUUUAAAUAUUUCGAACAUAAAUUCUUGCGUUAUUACUUUAACUCCAAGUAUGAUAGAGCAUUUGAAAUUUCUGGACUAGAUGAAAUUCUCACAGUGAAGGAAAUAUAUGAAAUGUCACAAGGAUUGUCGCGUGGUUCGUAUUUACAGAAACUGAUUCUUCAUGGAGAAAAUUUCAUCAAUGUUCCUGUUCGUCCUUAUUUCGUUAUAUUCUUUUCGCUAGCACUAAAUCCGUUUUAUGUAUUUCAAGCGUACAGUUUGACCAUUUGGUAUAACGAAAAUUAUUAUUACUUUGCAACUCUGAUCGUUCUAUUAACUUUAUUCUCACUUGUACUAAACACCUAUGAAACUAAAAGCCAUCUACAGAAACUCCAUGAUAUGGUUGCUGAUGCAUUUGAUGUAAAGAUUUUAUCACGCGGAGAAAACGGAGUCAAUGUAACAUCUAAAUCUUCAAAGGAUUUGGUUCCUGGCGAUGUUCUAGUAAUCCCACCAGAAGGUCUCCAUGUGCCUUGUGAUGCCGUUCUCUUAAACGGACGAUGUGUUAUAAACGAAAGCACCCUUACAGGAGAGAGUUUUCCAACUUCGAAAACAGGUGUGGAUGGCUUGACUUCAACAACUGGAAACGUUUUUACUGAAAUAUUUUCAGUAAACAAGCAUAAAAGACAUACUUUAUAUAACGGGACAGAAAUUCUACAAGCUCAUUUUUAUGGGGAAGACACGCGAAUUCUUGCUGUAGUCAUUCGCACUGGAUUUUGUACGUUAAAGGGACGUCUUAUUCGUUCAAUCAUCCACCCAAAACCAGUUCAUUUCACAUUUUUCCGAGAUUCGAUGAAAUUUGUUUUAUUUCUUUCUGUUCUUGGCUUUGUGGGUUUUAUAUAUUCUUUAGUGGCGUUUAUAAAAGAUCGCGUACCACUGUACAGGAUAGUGGUUAGCUCUCUUGAUGUUUUUACCAUCAUCGUGCCGCCUUCCUUACCUGCUUUUAUGUCUGUUGGAUUAAUGUACGCUCUCCAUCGACUACGAAAAAAGAAGAUUUUUUGCAUCGAUCCUGCGCGUGUAAAUGUUUGUGGUAAGUUGAAGAUGUUUGUGUUUGACAAGACCGGAACAUUAACUGAAGAUACAUUGGCUGUUUCGGGCGUGGUCAGAGUGGAGAAUAAUGUUGUGAAACCGAUGGAGCAUUCUGUGAAUAUGAUACAAGACUCUUCUCUUGUUAAGGCCAUGGCAUGCUGUCACAGUUUAACUACCAUCAAAGGACAGGUCACUGGCGAUCCUCUUGAUUCAUGCGUGUUUAAUUUUUCCAAAUGGAAAAUCAAUGAAUCAAGCGAUGGAUCCUGUUUAAAAUACGAGCAAAUCGCCCCUGUCACUGUUUCUCUUCCGGGCAUAAUUUCGAUAGAGAUCGGGAUUUUAAAACAGUAUCCGUUUGAAUCGUCUUUGCAGAGAAUGAGUGUGAUCACAAAACAACUCGAGCGGUCUUAUAUGACUGUAUAUGCAAAGGGAUCUCCAGAAAUGAUACUGUCUUUGUGUCAAGAAGAAACCAAGCCCGUCGAUAUUUUAGAUGUACUGAUGGAAUUCACAAAAGCAGGAAGUAGAGUUCUCGCUGUUGCAACAAAAAAUUUACCUUCAUCAACAAAAUGGCACCAUCUAAAAAAAUUGUCUCGAUCUGAAGUUGAAUCUGAGUUGCAGUUUCUUGGAUUGAUCAUUUUUGAGAACGUUUUGAAACCAGCUUCUAAAAAUGUUAUUAAAAUUUUAGAAAAUGCAAGCAUUAGAACAAUCAUGGCGACUGGCGAUAAUCUGUACACAGCAGCUUCUGUUGCCAGAGAAGUAGACAUUGUCAAGUCUUAUCAAAAGAUUAUCGAAGUCAGAUUCACAGAAGAGGAUGUUUUGAAUUAUCAGAUUCUUGAAGAUCAUAUUCAUAUUUCGUCAACAUGUUCCAAUGCUCAUUCAGCGACGAACUACUGCGCUUCCCUUGGUUUCGCCAUUGUGUUAAGUGGCUACACAUACGAACAAAUCAGAACUAAUCAUGCAGAAAUGUUACCAAAUAUUUUGAUGUCAUCCUCUGUUUUCGCCAGAAUGUCUCCAGAUCAAAAAACCAUGCUUGUUGAAGAUUUGAAAAAGAUUGGAUAUGGAGUGGGGAUGUGUGGAGAUGGUGCGAACGAUUGUGGUGCACUUAAAGCUGCACAUGCUGGAAUUGCUCUUUCCGAUGCAGAAGCUUCUGUCGCUUCUCCUUUUACGUCAAAGGUAUUUGACAUAUCUUGCGUUCCACAGUUGGUAAAAGAAGGAAGAGCAGCGCUAGUGACGUCAUUUUCUAUUUUCAAGUAUUUGGCAUUGUAUAGUUUUGUGCAAUUUAUGGGAGUUCUGAUUUUAUAUUCUGCAGAAUCCAAUUUCUCAGAAUUCGAAUUUUUAUAUAUGGAUUUAUUUUUAUCCUGUUUCCUAUGUUUCGCAUUGAUUCAAUCAAAAUCCAGCGAAACCCUGACAGCCAAAAGACCAGUUGGUAAACUCCUUCAUCCGAUACUUGUCAGCAGCAUACUGUUACACACACUUGUUUUAUGUUGCUUCCAGCUCGCUGUGUUUUUCUACGUGAGACAGAUGCCAUGGUAUAAGCCUCCUGAUCAAUUUCAAGAAAACGACAUCGAAGAUAUAAAGUUUGUUUGUUACGAAAAUGUUGUUAUCGCAAGCAUGGUGUUUUUCCAAAAUAUCUGGGUUUCGGUUUUGUGUUACAACGGCAAGCCAUAUCAUAUUCCUUGGCAUAAAAAUAUUUUGUAUUGCAUAGCCUUUGUGACUACAGCAGCGGUUACGAUUUUUGUCACGAUAUAUCCACCAAUUGCAGUACAAAAGUUUUUCAAGUUAGCAGAUAUCCCAAGCAUGAAGUUUAAAAUCAUUAUCGUCGUAAUUGGUUUCGGAAGUUUGUUUUCAACAUGCCUUGUUGAAAAAGUGCUGAUAGGGUCAAAUUUUGCAAAGCGCUGUAGUCGUUGGAUAAUGGGUAAAAAACAAUGUAAAAAUAAAUAUAAGCAUAUUUUGAAUGCAUUGCAUAACGACAAGGAAUGGCCGCCCCUGGUAUAAAUUGUCCCCAAGUAGGCCUUUUCUGUUAAAAAUUGUCUCUGGGUUUUCUCUGGGUACAGCGUUUGUUGAGUUUUGUUGAGUAAAGCUUUUACAUUUUGUUUUAUAGCGUACACUACUGCUUGAAAAAUUUACUAACUACAAUCUGGGUCAAAUUGAAUGUAGUUUCAUUUAAUUUCCUGGAACAAUGUAAAUGUCUCAAAAACCUAAGCACAUAUUCAACAUUGUUCCAGGUGCAAGGGGGUAUUAAAUCAAAGUAUUGUGGAUAGAAAAACCUGAAAGUUCCAUUUUAUUUAGGCCGAGAUUGUAGGUUGCCAUUAAAUUGACAAAUAUAACAGGGCUGCAACGGCUAUUCAAAUACUUUAUUGGUAUAACAUUUGGCGCGUAUAAAUUUUAGCGCAAAAUUCUAAAAAUGCGCCAAAUUUAUACCAUUAUUACACGCAUAUGGUUGUGCGCCAAAAUUAGUACGCGUGAAACGCGUUUUUUUUUCUUCUAAAAUCAUAUAUUUUUUUUUUACUGAGUAAUUGAAAAUUGUUUAUAUUUGUGGAAUUUGUUAAUAUGAAGAUUUGGUAUAGUGCUAACAAAUUUCUAACUUUCUUGCCAUUCGCCAAAAUUUAUACCAUUAUUACAUGCACAAGGUAUGUGCGCCAAAAUUAGUACGCGCGAAAUCGCGAUGAAAGUAGGGUGCGCCAAAAAUGUACGCGCAAAAUUUUAUACCAAUAAGGUAUUCUCUAGUUGUCGAUGAACAAGUUUCUUCUCGAAUCCCCUUAAUUAUAACUUUACAGCCUGCUAAACUAAUAAAUUGUUUUUCACCAGUGGCAUCACCUUUAAAAUCUCAAAUAUUUUCAAUUGUUUUUGGAAGAAUAUGAAAACGUCCUCAAAUCUUUACCCUUUUUCAUGAAAACACUGUCAUCUACUUAAAAAGAUUAAAAAUUGUGAUCAAAAGUCAUCGUCAAAUCACCUCAAAUUUGAUUCUAUGAAUAGAAUAGCAACACUUUUUAAAGGCGGGUCCACACUUCAUUCUCCGUGGUCGCUCAAAUAAUCGACUAUGAAUCUGCACAUGCGCAAUAUUUAUUUUUAGCACACAAGUAAUUUUGUCUCAUUCACUAGCAUUCUUUGCAGUAGUUGGAGUAUGACUAAUUGUCUCGGGAAAGGUGUAUUAGAACUAUUUUUUUGCCAAUGAUUUUUAUAUAGUAAAUGUAAUUUAUUUUUAUGAUUAAGUUUUGAAAUAUACUUUUUCAAUUUAAUAUGAAGUAUUCACAAAGGAACGUCUACUUUUGAA